GCCGAGUAUGGAGAAUGAUGAACUUCCGCCAGCGGAUGGGGUGGAUUGGCGUAGGGCUGUACCUGCUGGCUAGUGUGGCAGCCGUCUACUAUGUAUUUGAAAUCAACCAGACCUAUAACCGCUUCACCCUCGAGCAUGUGGAGAGGGUAGCCCAGGAGAAGGAGCAGAAUCAGGCAGGGGACACUGCAUCCUCUCCCCUUCCCUCCUUGUUUACCUGGGCCCAGAGUCUCAAGACUCGACUCCUGCUCUUGCCAUUCUGGGUAUGGGCGACCAUAUUCCUCAUCCCCUACCUCCAAGUUUUCCUCUUCCUUUACUCAUGUACCCGUGCUGACCCCAAGACAGUGGGCUACUGCAUCCUGCCUAUAUGCCUAGCAGUCCUUUGCAACCGCCACCACACUUUUGCCAAGGCAUCAAAUCAGAUCAGCCGGCUGCAGCUGAUUGACACUUGAAGGGGCCAACCAAGGGACUGCUGACAUGGGAAACUGGGGAGAUGCUGUUAAUUAGGCACAUUACCUGGGCAACUUUCUUCUGACCCUCUGAGCCCUUAUGUUCCAAAACACUCCCUCGCAGUAUCACAAAACAGUGUUUUAUAGAACAGGCUUCACUGGGCAAUAUGAUUAAGGGGUUGGUUUGUUUUGUAGGCGUCUGGGAUCCCUAAAAUGAACAAUGGUAGGUGUGUCACUCCAAUGAGUUUUGUCCUUUCUUGCACAGAACAGAGACUGGACCAAAUGGUGCGGGGUACACUGGAUACAACCUGUGAAGCCAGUUUAUUAAUUUAAUGAAAAUGCCAUUUACUUUGGUUUUCUAAUAAAUAACUCAGUUCCCUGUCUUUUAAAAAAACAUUUGAGGAAAGCAUUGAAGAAGCCAUAUUGGCAAGUUAGUUGAGAAAGGACUGUAGGUACUUUAACAUUUCAAAUCCAUUGUGAAAUGUACAAUGACAAGUAUCACAGCACUGUGUAUUUUUUUGAAUGUAUUCAAAGGUGUUAGUUCAGUGAUGUGUGGCAUUUCUUGUUCUAUAAAACAUUUGUGUCAUUCUGUCUCUUGCAAUAUGGACACAUUUUGUAUUUAUGAAAUGGGUUGAAUUUAGUAAAAUGGGGGGGGGGGGGGGGGGGGGGGUGAAUAGCUUGUGCCUUUUUUAGGAAUUCCUGAAAAGAUUGGUAUGCUGAAAAUUCACAUUCUGAAGCUCAGCAACCAGUUAUCAAACAUUGUUCACAUUGUGUGCCAUUGAGCUGAUGAAACCGUGUGAUUAAUUUGUGAAUAUAUUUGCGUCCUUUUAUGUGGGAUUUAGAAGCACCGGUCUGUUGUGUAAUAAUGUAGGAAUAUUGAUAAGCAAUUACAGAGUCUUUCAGAAAUGUAUAGCUCCAAGGUAUAUUACUACUGCCAAUCAUAUUAUCUCAAAUACUGAGCAAAGAAACAGUAAAGGAAAGGGGAUGAAGCCUUCCCAUUUGGAAUGGAGACUAUUUUUGAACUGUUCCCCUUUCUAUGAAAAUGUGACAAAUUAAUAUGGCUGUCUGUGUCAUUUCACACAGCCCCGUGACAUGAUCUUGAGUCAAUUUCCUACAUUCAUUUGAAUUUAAAUAUUAGCAUUGGGUUAUUGUGUUUUCUUUGUUUUAUGUUGAUUCACGGGUAUACAUCUGUACUACUCCUUGGUUCUUAAGUAAUGAAUGUAAUUGAGAAUUAUGGAACAUUCAAUCUGGCAUAAGGAUCUUACUAAAAGGGAAUGGUGGACUAUU